AUGGGACGCCCAGAGCCUUUCUACAUGAAGUUUGUGAGACGGAGCCAAGAAAGGAAGAGAGAGCAGCAAAAUACAAUUAUAGAUAAUAUUUCAGCAGGCCUGAAGGAAACAAUAGGAUACGCAAUACUGCUGCGGAUGGGAUGGAACACAACCGAAGGACUUGGAAAAAACAAAGAUGGGAGAACAAAUCUCAACGGACUGAUGCAGCAGCAAAGAGCGGUGAAAAAGCCUUGUCCGUACAGAAUAAACUACGAGGCAGCAGAGGCAGAGUACAACUCGCUCCUAAAAGAGAAAGCAGAGGGGAGCAAAUAG